UCCGUUUCCGAGUGGGCAGGCGUUUGCCCGAACACUUUCCUCCUCUGGGAGCCUCGCGCCGGAGAGGAAACUUCGCAAGAUGAGGGGCGCGCAGCUGGGGCGCUUCUGCGCGCAGGUCUUGCAGAAGCACAAAUUUGUCCCCAUUGCCUGUCACUCUAUCCAAUUGUCUUAUCUGAAGGCAUCACCACUUGCCUUUCUAUGCUCUCUUCAACACCUGGGCUGCAGAUUGACUGGCACCAGUUCUUCUGGACAAAGUGAAACAAAUGUAUCCCAUAGAAGCUGUAAAACAGACACCAAUGAAGCCUCUCAGAAGCUUCUAGAGACUCUUGCUACUUCCCAAGUAGAGCCAGAGAGACCAGCUGAUUCAGAUCUCCUGAAGCUGGGGAAGGUAGCAGAUCCAUUCUUGGACAUGGGGCUAAGCCCGGCUCAGAUAACACACUUGUUCAGCUUGCAGCCAUAUGCACCUCCUCAGCUCAGGUUGGCUGUCGUUUCAGAGCUCCUUCUUCUGGGUUUAAGCACAGACGCCACACUAAAUGUCUUACAGAAGAGCCCUGAAUUGCUGGGAAUGUCAUCAAAGCAUAUAAAGGACCGUGCAGAUCUGCUAAGGAGGCUGGCAUUCAAGGAAGUGGGCCUUAACCAUAUGGCAGUUCAUUUCCCAAGAAUUUUUACCUUGCCACAAAAGAGAAUUGAGGUCCUAGAGAAUCUCCUCAAAGAAAAAUGCCUUUUCUCUGUGCAGCAGAUAUCAAAAAUUCUGCAAACAUGCCCAAAUAUUUUGCUGGAGGAGCUAGGUGAUGUGGAAUAUAAAUUCCAGUUUGCUUAUUUCAGGAUGGGGAUUAAACACAGAGAAAUCGUGAAUUCUGGUUUGUUCCAAGCAUCACUGGCUGAGAUAAAAAACCGGGUUAUUUUCUUGGAGCGGUUGGGACUCUUUCAAACUCCUGACAAGAAAGGACAGACCCAGGUUGUCAACCCCAAACUGAAAAGAAUAAUCAGAGCUUCUGAAAGUGACUUUAUAGAAAAAAUGGCCUGUUCCUCAUUGGAAGAGUAUAAUAUAUUUAAGAAAUUGCUGGCCCGUGAAGAAGAACGGAGGCAGAAAGAGGAGGAAGCGGCAGAGAAAAACGAUCUCUCAGAUUCAGAGAGUGAUGGCGAAGGGUCUGAUUCAGACUAAGUACAUAAAAUUUAAAAAUCUCUGAAGUUUGGUACUGGUAUAAUCUUGUUCAAGUCUAGAAUUGGCUUGAACAUUGGGGAAUGAAAAUGCAUCAGUUGUGUAAAAAUGAGAGGUGGUGGUCAAUAAGGGUAAAGUCUACUCAGCAGCUAUGUAAAAGCAAUGGAACUCAAAAUGUUUGUGAUCUCCUGUCAUUACUUUGGCUUGUUCCUUUAGAACCACUGCACAUUUUAAAGAAUCGUGGGGUAAGCUUGAGGUGGGAGUUCUCAAGAUAGACUGAGGAAUUCCACUACAUCAGGGUCUCUCCAUCUGUUAUUGAAUCCCAACUCCCCAGCCAACAAGGUCAUGGAUUAUGGAAGUCCAAGAACAUGUGAAGAGCCACAGGUUACCCACCUCUACUCUAGAUGAUAAGAAUGCACUUCGUUUUAAGAAUGGAAACAAUUUUGUUUUUCUCCGAGGGACUUGAAAUAGGCAAUGCUAGGGAUGGAUUGUCAAGGAAGAUGAAAUGCAGGCUGUGAAAUAAAAAGUCAGAUGUUGUUCUCAGAACAGAGAAGUAGCUGUUGUGGGUUCUGUGAAGCAAAACAUAGAUAACGAUUUAUGGGAGAGGAAAUGCAGGGCCUAGGUGCAGUUUGUAAGCAGAAAUUUCAUGCUCAGGGAUAGCAAAGAGGUUUUGCUGGUUGUUGGUGGCUGACAACUGCUAAAAUUGUUGGUAAAGGAACAGGAUUUUGGUAUCCAACUGGCAUCCUCACGUAUUCUUAAAGAAAGCAGACUAGCUUUUAAAUAAAUUGUAUUUUAAUCUAAAAUGCAAAACAAAAUAACUUUGACAGAAUAAAAUCUUUUUUAGUUUAUUGCUGCAUUAUAUAUGCCUCAAUCUGGCUAUAAAAUACUGACUUGAUACAGACUGUUCUACUUUAGACUGUGCCUGGGGGGCGGGAAACCAGUGUUGCUGUGCGGCAGACAAGAAACUGGUUCUGAAGACCUCUCACUAUCUUUGCCAAUUUACUGGGCCUGGAAAAAGGUGCUAUUUAGCUGAUGGGAUGACUACCCCUUUCCUUCCCCCACCCCCUUUUUUGCACCUUGGAAGCUGUAUUUUUAACAGUGAGAUUGCCGCCAUGUGCCCUCAAGCCAAUUAAACUGAAGUAGUUGGGAUUUUAGUGUUCAUAAGUAAGAUCGGAGACAAAACGUCGUAGCACGUGGAGUGCUUCUGUUCAGUAUUCCACCUCUUCAUUCCAAUUCUCACCUCCCAUCAGCAUUGUGUGGCCUCAUGGCUGUUUUGGGGUUCUGUCCAUUUUUAGUUGUCCCACCCCCAUAUGAUUUUAUUUUUCUACUUUUGCAGUCCUCCCCCCCCCCAAGCUUGGUGCUGUUUUGGCUACAUAAGCUGCUCACAACCUGAACAUCAGAAACAGAGGGCAUGAUAAAUUCUCUACUUGCUAAUGAAACAUGAAAAUGCAUAUUUUCCCCAUGCCUAGGUUCAUUGUGGCAGUACAUGAUUGGCUGCUCAGACAAAUCAGUGCUUAAAAUGCUAGAAAAGCUUAAAAUGUAGUUUUAACACUACUCCGACAAAGCAAUCUGUGGUCCUUUGGUGUCGUGUUCUACUCUUGCCAAUCUAUACAAGCUAGGCCUUCUUAAAAGUUCUCCUUUUCUUCUUGUUCUUGAAGAAGCCUUCCCUGAAUGAGAAAUCCAGAUUUCUAUUUUUUUUCAUAAAACGGCAAAUUACAGAACAUCCAACUAAAAUGCUGCAAUUUGCAAUGGAGAGAGUUGGAGAUCUUGUAUUAGUCAUAUUAAGUAUAUGAUUUUCUCUUAGAGCCCAUGCCUUUUGAGAAGGUUUGUAGUGAAAAAUGCAAUUUCUGUGGGGAGGGGGAUCCUUUAGCUAAUACUGCUGCAAAACCUAUGUAAAUAAUUGGAAUAAACCUAAAUGUUUAUUGGUUGCAGUGAGCCCUUCUCCUAGAGGCUAUCCUUUUGUGAUAUCUGUGGGAAGGGCCUUUUCUUGCUGGGAAUGGUUAGUGCUAUCUUUUGCUGAAGAAACUAUAUUUACAACUCUUUAAGGCUGCCAGGAUUAGCUUUCUAGGGAACAAGGCUGCUUCCCCCCCUUUUUUCCCCCUUCUUUUUUGCAAUUGCUGAAUGGGCUGCUAGAGAGCUACCAGUACUUACAGGAAUAAUAAUUGGCAAACUGUAAUUGAACCUCUGGCUGUAUUAAUUUAUAAAAUAUACAGUGUAUGUAUAUUAAACACAAUUUUAUAUUUAGUCAUACAAACUCACAAAUCUAGGAAAUAUUAAGGCUCCUUGAGUAGCUGGCCAUUAUUGGGAGUUGUAGCAAAUGAACAUCUGGGAAGAAGGAAGAAAUGCUCUGCUAUUUUUCCUCCACUGGCAUCACAAUCCUGACUUAAAUAGGAAAGCAAUCUAGUUACCCUUCAUAGAGUGGUUAGAAGGGUUUUCAACUUUUUUAAUUAUUAAGGCAUGGCAUUUUCUAAUCACUUUACGGAAUAGCAUGUCCACAGGCUGAAUAACUAAAAGCCUGUUUGAUCUGUUGUUGAAAAUGGAUAUAGACUUCUAGCUUCUGCAGCCCUUUCCCCCCUCCUCUAGAAUAACUUUUGAAAUGCUAGUAAUUUGUUAGCAAUAAAAAGGCACAGCAGUAGCUGGCUGUCAGAUUUGUUGCUUUUCAUUAACUAAUCUUGAAAAGGGAAAAAACAAAGGAAAAGAACCUAGUGUUUUUUUAAAAGACACACUGUUUGCAAAUGGGAGUAUUUUAGACUUGUGAUUAGCUUUGAACAUCAAAUUUUAUGCCAGGGAGGUUCUCCUUUUGGUUAUAAUCCAGAACAUUUGUUUCAGGGCUUGUUUUUCUUUUAAGGUAGUCCAGUGGCCACAGAUUAUAUAACCAGUAUCUCCAUCACUGGUGAAACUUUAGGCUCUGCCCUUGCGGCAAGUGGCCCAUAAUAGACUUCAAUCCUGAGAGAGACUUUUCUAACAUGUCACUCAUCUUGUAUAAAUUCAGGUGCUAUGAAGAAAGGUAAGCGGACCCUUAUAAUCCUGCCAAAGAGAGAGGGAUAUGGCUAUUUGGUGAACACCUCCUGAACAAGGCAAAGGAAGAAAAGUCCAUAGAUCUUGCUGGAGGGUCUCUCCUUUUUUCCAAUCCAGUUAGAAGAAAUGUUGAGUGUUCUGCAACCUACAAAGGAAAAAUAAAACAUGACAGCUAGCAUUUAGAUUAUGUGCGCAUGCAUAAAACACAGGUACAAAGAUUCUUUUCUUCCUCCAUUUCAUUGCUAAAACGUUUAUUUCACUUGUGUUAAAAAGUUAACAAGCAGAUUUACUCCUUAUUCAUAUUUACAUUGAACUCUUUAGUAAAAUGUCAAAGUUCCACUGGUGAGCAGAUCCUUGAUAUUCCCACAACAAGGAGAAUCCUGGUGAGGAAUUCUGUUGGUAUAGCUUUGGGAUCCAUUAAUGAAAUUUUUUACGGAGGGUAGAGAGACACAGUCUCACUGAAAGAGCUUUGAAAGAAAUACUGCUUUCAAUGAGCAGAAUCAAAGAAUGCUAAAGGCUGCUUCUGACAUUUCAUUCCUCGGCGUGUGUAGGGAAGUAGGCAGAAAACUGGUUGACAAUUAUCUUUGUAAUGUAGAAAGGUCAGGCUUAAGUGUCAGAUAUGUAUAAACACUCUCGAGGUGUUCCCUGAAAUUUUCUGAGAUUGUCAUGUCUGAGCCUUCUGGCAUCUGCUUGGAAUAAAAGACCAGGGUGCUGUU